GUUGCGCGGCAGCGGCGCUGCCAUCUUUGUGUGUAGUUGAUAUAGCUUGCCGCCUUUCCUGUGUUGGUUUCCUCAGACUAGUGGUGUUGUGAGUUACACGUUUCAAAAUGGCUGGUGGUAAAGCGGGUAAAGAUUCAGGCAAAGCCAAGGCGAAAGCUGUAUCCAGAUCAGCGAGGGCAGGAUUGCAGUUCCCCGUGGGAAGAAUUCACAGACAUUUGAAAAACAGAACAACUAGCCAUGGUCGUGUUGGUGCCACAGCGGCUGUUUAUUCUGCAGCUAUUCUCGAAUAUCUCACGGCUGAAGUGCUGGAGUUGGCAGGAAAUGCGUCCAAGGAUCUCAAGGUGAAACGUAUCACACCACGUCACUUGCAGCUCGCUAUCCGCGGUGACGAAGAAUUGGACAGUCUGAUCAAAGCCACCAUCGCCGGUGGUGGUGUCAUCCCACACAUACACAAGUCACUCAUCGGUAAAAAGGGCGGUCCAGGAGCACCCGUCUAAUUAAGGUAUCAUCGAUACAUUUCACACUGCAUUUGAUUCCGGACGUGAUGCAACCAGCUUCUAAUAUUCAUCACCGAUUGGUAACCUAGUUGUCUUCAAGAUAGUGAUGUUGAUAGGGACAGUGGAGUGAUUAACAACAAUUAAAAACUGUUGGUCCGGACUUACUGGUAGUUCGUAAGGAUUAGUACUAUUCUAGAAUUAAGGAGAUUUAAAUAUGAUUGUAUUAGAAUUAAGUUUGACUUUCAUGGUUUGUUAAUGGGACAUUAUAUUCUGCUGAAGAAAUGUACGAUCAUUUCUUGCUCUGUUAAAAUUAUUUUGCUACCAGCUGCUAGAGACGAUGCAAUGUGUGGACAGCAGAUAGCUUUACACACACAUACUGUCCGACUGAAGCUGGUGCAAUAUAAUUUUACUGGUAUCUGAUGACUGGCGCAACUUUUUAAUUUGUUUUUAAGCUGGAAGCUGUUGUAGUAAUUAUUUACGCCAUUUUGUAUUUUUUGUGACAUUUUGUACUAAAAUAAAUACAUAUGUUGUUCUAAAUUGUAAUUUGGUAUGAUUGAACUGUUACGAGUUGUAAGAAAAUGUAUUUUGAUCUUUAAAAUAUAAUGAUGAAGCACG